AUGAUCCAGAUGGAAGAAUCCCAACGAACUUGGCAAGCAUUCCCAUCCAGACUGCUGUUUGGUCUUGUGCAUGCAAUAUUGCCUGCACUCGGCAAUUCGAAAGGCCCUUGCGCUCGGCUUUACCUAUAUUCCGGCGCCUCCGCAUAUAAAAUACGCACAAUGACCGCCCCAGAGCUGUUCUAUACGAUUCGAAAAUUGGAGACUAUGGACAAUAAAGAAUCGAAGCAAGCUGAUGCAUUCUUGGCGGCGGCUUUCGAGAAUGACAAAUUUACCGAUGUUGCUACUGGAGGUGAUCGUGCUAUCUUCGGCCCAUUCUGGCGCUCGUUGAUGGUGGCCGGCCUCCAUGGUGGGGAGGUGUAUGUCGCGGAACAUGCCACUGAGAAGGUUAUAAUCGCCGCGGCCGUGUGGUACGGACCAGGACGAGCGCUCUAUGAUUCCUCCGACCAGCGAGAGAAAGCCUGGCCGAUAUGCGCCGACAGAUUUCGUCCUGAGAUCACGAAAUGGUGGGAAACAUAUUUGCUCCCGAAAUAUGCCUCAUUUUGCGAGGAGGCCUUUGGUGAGGGAGUGAAGCUAGCCUCUUGGCACCUUCAAGCCUUUGCCGUGGAACCAAAAUUUCAGCACAAAGGAAUUGCACGAACUCUCAUCGAAAAAAUGAAGCAGAAGGCAUGCAUGGACGGAAUACCGCUCACCUUGGAGGCGACAGCGGACUAUAAUGUCGAUAUCUAUAAGCGCCUGGGUUUCUCGGUUAAGGGAGAAACAAGCUCCUCAAUCUCCCGUCCUCUCCCUUCACACCAGUCGAAUAUCCAACUUAUUGAUGCAGAACAGUUCUUCAACAUAGACAUAGCCACGAUUUGCAAACGAUGGCCCAAGACCGCAAUCAUCUCGUCCCUUACGCUGCCAACCCUAUUCGAACAUGACUCAACUCUUCUCCCUUCUACCUGGAUGUCCAAUAUCGUUCAACAAUGUUUGAAUCUGCAACCCGUCCCCGGCCUCAGCUUCGCCUUCUCGAUCUUUCAAUCAAUCGUUCUCCAUGUUGAAGAAGCCCAGGCUAGCCAGGAACAGCUCAACUCACUUGCCCAAUCAGUGGCGAUACUGCUGCAGACUCUCAACAAACAGUUUCAUGCAGGAAAACUUGGGGAGAGUGCGGCUUCGACCGAGUUGGCGGAUCUGAAUACACUUCUGCAAGAUAUCUCGGCAUUUGUCAGGAAGCACGCCUCGUUAUCUUUCUUCCAAAUUCUUUUCGUCAAGGCUCAAACAGUCGCUUCGAUCGAAAACUAUCAAGCUCGACUUACGGCCACAAUAGCAGCUUUCCAAAUAUCGGCUCUCGUCAACAUUCAGCAAUGGCAAGAGAGGAACGACAAAGCUAGAGCCAAGGAUCGCAGGUCCCUCAACCUCCGCCUCAACCAGCUCGCAGCCGACAACCUCCGUCUCAUGGAGGUGCUCGACAUCAAGAAGAACAGCCCUACCGCGCUCAUGGUUUCCCUUCACCGCCGCAUUGAGGAGAAACAGGGGGAGAAAGAGGACCUCCAGUUCUUCACGCACAGUCUGCGUUGCCUGACAAGGGUUAGCGGCCAGCAGGUCGAUAUCAAGCCGUGGACGAUCAGCCCAUACGAUGUUGAGUUUGGACCUCUGAUCGGAUCUGGCGGCUUCGGGAAGGUGUAUCGGGGGACAUGGAAUAAGAUGGAGGUGGCGUUGAAGGUGAUGAAGAACAGCGAGGAUAUCACCCCGAGGGCGGCGGCAGUGCGCCGUGAAGUCGAUACUUGGUCGAAGCUUCGUCAUCCUCACAUCCUUCAGUUUCUAGGGGCGAAUAUCCUCAAUGAGGAACCCUUCAUUGUCAUGCCCCUCAUCAAGAACGGCAACGCUCGUGACUACAUCGAUGAGCAUCCCGAAUGUGAUUGCCUCAAGCUCAUCCACCAAAUCUCUCUCGGCCUCGUCUACCUUCACUCAAACCACGUCAUCCAUGGCGAUCUCAAGGGAGUCAACGUCCUAAUCGACGAAGGCGAGCGGGCCCUCUUGUGCGAUUUUGGCCUUGCAAGAAUCAAGGCCGACAUUAACAGUCGGUCGACCGGCGACACCUCCGGAUUCAUGGGCAGUCAGAAUUGGAUGGCACCCGAGCUAUUCCAAGGUCGCUCGUUGAAGGUCGAAUGUGACGUCUAUUCGUUUGGAAUGACGAUUUACGAGCUCUACGCCAGAGACAUACCUCUUGGCAACCUCGCUCCAGGCAUACUCCGUCAAGUGGUCGUGCAAAACCACGUUCGACCUGAUCGACCAGAUGCCAGAGAUGCACCUCAGCUCAGCGAUGAGGUGUGGACUAUUGCCCAGAGGUGCUGGAACUCGGAUCCUGCUGCUCGUCCGCGAGCUACAUCGUUGUGCGAGGAGCUCGCCGCCCUUCUUUCUCGUCCGAGUCGAGCCCGACCUGCUCGUGCAGCACCACCGCCUCCGCAGGCUAUGCCUACCCCUCAGUUUUCUCCAACAGCACCGCAGCUGGCCUUAACUCCUCCGUCUGCAGCACAACAUGCGCCACAUCCACUCCGGCCUGCUCGUCAGUCAUCCGCCACGUCAUCCAAGGUUCCGCCCAACAUACUUUUAUGGAACCAACACCCCUCGAACGCCAGUAGUAGCACCUCGACGGUGUCAUUGGCCUCGUCUAGCAAGUCAGGAGGCCCACCGCAGUAUCGCAACGAGACUCCGACACAAAGAUCUCACGAGAGACCAGCACAGACUUCUCCAACAUCGCUAUCUCCUUCUCCCAUUGUGUCUUCCGGAUCAUCGACAUCAAGCAUCAAACCCGCCUCCCGAAUCGGCACAUUCUUUCGAAAUACGGCCAUGGACAAACCGUACAAACGAUUCGUCACUAUGCGGAACCCAGCCCGUGUGACCUGUCUUGUCCAGUCACCAGACGGGAACGAGCUCAUCGCGGGCCUUGCCACGGGGUACUUCGAGUGCUGGAGUGCCUCUGAUGGGACGCUCCUCCACCCAGCCUCCGAAUCGAUCUGCCGCCCGUUCAUCGGCGGGCGCCUCAGCUGCAUCGCAUACUCUCGCGCUCCGCUCAGAGGACGAGACACGACUGCCACCGCCAUCUACGUCGUCGGAUCCGAGUCUGGGGUUGUCGCACACCACCCAGCAAUGGGUGGCUUCACGCGGACGUUCAACGACAACAGCUCGCCGAUCGUGUGCAUCGACGCGAACAGCAAGCGGAUGGCAACGCUGACAAGGAGCCACGAGGUCGUGUCGUGGGGCGUCUCGGAGCACAAGCAGCACAAGGCCCGCAUUCGGCGUCUGCAUCGCAUAUCGCCUGCGGCAUGUACGUGUGGGGCGUUCUCGCCAGAUGGGACGAGGGUAGUUUCUGGGACGUCGUCUGGGAUGCUUCUGCUCUCUGACCCCGCCUCUGGGAAACUGGUCGGGCAGCCACUUACCCUUCCUGGGGCUGGUGUUAGAGCCCUGGCGUUCUCUCCAGACGGGAAUAAGCUCCUAGCAAGCUACGGUACGGGCGACAUCCGACUAUGGGAUAUCAGUUCUGGCAAAUCGAAGAUUAUCGAGCCAGCAGGCACUGCGAUGCCACCUCCUUCGCGACAAAUUCCCGUAGCAUUUUCGCCCGAUGGGUCAAGGAUUGCUAUUCCAGUAUUUACAGGCGGACCACCUGCGACGAAGGUCGUACGCGUCCUGGACUCGGGUUCUGGCAAAGUCCUGGCGAACGCUGUUCUGGAUGGGUGUCCGGAAGAAGACGUCCAGACCAUCCAUAUCUCAAUUACCAACAAGAGGCUUAUUCUGUCAUUUGUGGAUGUGCCGGAGGUAAAGAUGUUCAUUUGGGAGUAG